AGCCCUGGGGAGCCGCCUGCGGUGCCUCCCGCUCCGGCCCCGCUGCCUCGGGCCGCCGGCUGAGGUAUUUCGGGGCCGCUGGGAGGCUUGGACGGGCGUGCUGUACCGCGUGGGUUUAUUGAAGGGGCUGAGGAAAGGGAAACGAGCCGUCGGACCCUUCCGUAGCGCGGCGUCCCUUUCGCUGUCUGAUUUCUGACGAAGCAGAACAGCCAUUUUGCGAGGGCCGCCGGGCUGCGGGAAGGCGGCGUUGGCCGCUCUUUGUGCGCGCGUUGCGGGGGGCCUCGUGUGGCAACGGCACCGCCGGGCGCUGCGCCGGGGGGGGCUCCGCUGACGGGUGUGCGCCCACGGGGCUUUGCGGCUGUUAUGUACGAGUAUGGUCAACGGUACAUCCGUAUUUCUUUGUCUGUAUUGGGUACAUGGCAGCUUUGGAUGCAUCCAGUGUCAUUGCUCGGAACACGCUAAGAAUGAGUCUGCCACAAGACAGAAAUAGAAGCUCUUGCAGCAGCGAGACGCUGGCAAAGUGCCUUCAGGCGAGGAAGGACUUGGAAACAGCUAUCUCUGGAAUUGUCAAAGCCGAGCAGCAGAUUAAAGAGAACUGGCGAGAGGUUAAAGCCAAGAUUCACAGCCAUAUCAGUCGCCAGCUGGAAUGCCUGCGCAGCCGUGAGGUGUGGCUGUUUGAGCAGGUAGAUCUCAUUCAGCAGCUGAAGGAGGAGGCGUUGCAGCAGCAAGCUCAGCAGCUCUAUUGGUACUUGGGCCAGUUCAAUUGCCUUAUUCAUCAGCUGGAACACUCCUACAAUAACGAACUAGCAAACCAGAUUUCCAUUUGCCUGGAGAGACUGGAAAGUCUCACUCUUAAACCGGAGGAGUCUUCUGUUCUGAAUUUCGAGGCUGACACAUCGUACCUUCGCCAGGCUAUUACCUCAUUUGGUUCAAUUAAAACAAUGCAAACCUCAGAGAGAGAGAAUACUUCUCCUUGGUUCCCAGGGCAGAAUUGUGCCCUAACAAACUGUGAGCAGCAGAAAACACUGUGUGGGACAGUGGGCACCUCGCUUGCUGACUGGUUGCUUGGAAGCAGACCUGUGGAUGUUUGCCGGGCUCCAUAUAUUCCCAGCACCAAUCUCGAGGAAUGGGUGACCCAGAAAUCUGUGUCAGAACCCAGCCAGGAUUUAAGCUCUUCCAAAGUCUGCUAUUUUGAAAGAGCCUGGGGAAACUUGAAAGAUUUGGAAAACUGGCUCCUGCGCAAUCAGCAGCAUGACGUUGCUGGGAAGACAGAUGCCCCUGGUCACAAGGACUCCACCUUGACUUCCAACUCAUCCUUUUCCAUGGAAAAAAAGGUGGAGGAAUUGGAAUCCCUUGUGCAAGAGGAGGUGGACCUUUCCGACUGGCUGCUUACACCUGGCGUGGAAAACGGAGGUAGCGCUUCAGAUGAGAAAUGGAAGUAUGAAUUUAAACCUUUUAGGGAAGAAUUUAAUUGCAAUGAUUGGCUCCUCAAAGCUGAAACGUGUACCAGUUGUCGUGGCAGCCAGAUCAAAAGUGUGGAAAUUGAGAACCUGGGAAACCUGAAGUGCCUGAAUGAGCAUCUCGAUGGAAAGAAGUUACCCACUACAUCUGCUGUAAAUGCCUGGCUUCUUCAGCACCCCCAGCCCCCUUUUAAAAUGGAAGAUGUGUGCAAAGCUAAUGAGCUGUGUAGCAGCUUCUCAGAAUGUGUGUGUGAUGAAAACUGUGGAAAAGAGGCUCUGUGUAAAUGGCUUCUGAAGAAGGAAGGGAAGGAUAAAAAUGGAGUUCCAGUAAGCCAGAAAGCUGUACCAAACGUAGAGCAUGAGAAGACAAAGUCUCUUGUCAGUUCCUGGCUUAACCCUUCACAACAGCUCUCAGGGGAACCUGUUAGCGCCGAGAAAGUGGAUUAUUCAGCAGAGAUAGCAGAACCCUUCAAAGUACUGCUUGAAAGGCCUCUGACGAGCUGGCUAGCCAAGUCUGAGCACAAAGCAGAAAGUGCAGAUGAGAAGGCAAGCAGAGAGAAAGUAAAUAGUAGUUCCAGAAGUCCCUUUGUGGACCUCUUGGCUCCAUUCCACCACCCCUUGAAUGUAAACAGUUGGGUGUUGGCUUCAAACAACCUAGAAAAUGAUAACCCGCCUCCAGUGGAAGAUAAAUGGCUCCUACACAAGAAAGCACAAGAGUUUGGCCUUCCUACGGUUUGCGACCUGUUUGCCUGUAUGAAACUCAAUGGAGACAACGAGAAAUGGCUGUAUCGCACCACUCUGCAGAUGUGAAGAACUGGAGGCAUUGGAAUUGUCCCCUUCCUGCUGACGAAUCGCACAUCAUGCUGAGUGACUGCAGCCAGCUGAAUUCUCGUGUUGGUGUUUGGCGGUCUGCUUUCUCUUUUAAAAUUAGAACAGAAAAAGAAAUAUUCGUAUAACAGAGUUAUGGUGCAAAAUACGUCUUUUUGUUAUGAUUGAUUUUGAAAUGUAAACCCACUGAGCAUAAGCAAUCUGACACUAUAGAGAUGUUAGUCAAUUCGUAUGUUAUGGGAUUACCUGCAUCUUCCUUAAUGGGCUCUCACUUGAAGUAUGUUGAAAGCAGUGCAAGUAUAAAGCAAAAUCUCUGUGGUGCUGUGAAUCAUCCACCUCUUCCAUCCACUUCAGAAACGUUGCAUUUACAUUCAGCUGCCACAACUUUGACAUGAGUUGGAUUCUAGCUUACUGGGGUUGCGAGGUAGCUUAGGCUGUGCUUGAAAUUAAUUGUUUUCAGUUGAGCAGUUGCUAAUUGUAAAGGUUUCUUUUGCAUCUUAUAUUGGUGUGUCUCCCAGCUGAGUCUGCGUAGUCUAAAUUCUGAAUACCUCAGUUGUGGAACCUGGCACGUGACAGGAGAGUUGGUAACGUGGUUUUAGGUAAGUCAUGAUGAACUUUUAUUGACUAAGCCAGUGGAAGGCAGGCAUCCUUGCCAGGUGGCAUUUAAAGGUAGUAUUUGGGGAAUUAGAUUCCUUCUCUUCAGAUUGGAUAUAUAUAUUUUUUCUUUUUUAAUUGGGAAGCACUGGCUUUGCAAACUGCAGAUCCCACUGCCUGAUCAAUUUUAGUGUUUUAGCUGUGAAAUUUCUUACUGCUGAGUAUGAAAGUGAGGGUUCCAAUAAUUCUGCUCCCUGUAGCCAUGGACAUACAGCUCACGAGGUAUUUACGUUUUGAGUUCGUAGGAAAGAAAGCGAUGUUGGAUGGAAACGUGGAUCACUCCUGUCAGUUUGCAUGGAAAAACUGAAGUUGCAUCAUUCGUGCUGCAGCUUCUACUCACUUGAAACUUAGUGACUAAAAAGCCUCCCCUUUUCCCUAUGGCUGAAGCCUGCCUCGGAGUAAAAAUGAUUUCACUUCCUUACAAUGCUGUAGAAAUUAGCAAGAUCCGACCUUGGUAUGUGCGCACACGUUGCUGUCUGAUACAACCUGUGUAUUUGUUCCAGUUUUCGGUCUGAGGGGUACACUGCACACCUGAAACUAGACCCCAAAAGGGCUUGACAUCAGUGGACCACUACCUAGAGGCUUUUGUACUUCAACAGUUGGGGUUUUCUACUGAAAACAGAAAGGUGUUUCUGAAGUUCACUUUUCUCCUUUGAACAUGUCUUUGUUGCAUGGGAAGAUGCUAUGACUGACUCCAAUAAUAGCCUCAUUUGAUUAGCAGUUGAACUUGAUGAAGGUGAUUGAAGUGCAGCCCACCUCCUGUGAUUCCUUGUAGUCGUUGUGUGCUACCUUAUCAGUUCAUUAUGAGCCUUUAAACCUUGGGGGUAUGUAUUCCUUUACUUAUUCAACUGACUUAUCACUAAUUGAUAUUUAUGUAAAACAUUAAUUUAGUCUUUUCCAUUAAAAUAAUUGCAGCCAA